AUGGUUAAGAUUUGCUCGAUUCCACUUUGUAAAGGUGCUUCAUCAAAACAAUGCAACAUUAAACUACACAAGUUUCCAGCUGACGAAAAUCUCAGAAAUAUAUGGGAAAAGUGUAUAAAAUCAUAUUAUCCUAAUUUUAAAACUAACCAUAGCAGUUUAGUGUGUAGCAAACACUUUAGGGAAAUUGAUUUUAUUAAAACUGCAAGAUCUCAAUCCUUUUCACUUAUUAAGAGCGCAGUACCUUCAUUAUUUGAUGUUGAAGAAUGUGUUUAUGUUUUCAACAAAGAACAAUAUGAUAGUUCGAAUACACAUGAACCAUCCCACAUUGUUGUUCAAGAUACGACAGAAAAUAUGAGCUAUAGUGUUAUUACAUUAUCACAAUCAGAUCUCCAAGGUGAUAGUUUGAAUAUUACAGGGCUAUCUAACAUUGAAGCUGUAGAAGAAAUUAUACCAACAAUAGAUGACAGUUCGGAUUUAGUUUGUGAACCUAGUGAAAAUGGUUGUUUUUUUUAA